AUCAAAGCUGCAACGUUUAUCUGUUUACAGUCUGUCCAAGGGUCCCGACCCGACCCAAUGGGUCCAACAUAAAUAUAUUUUAAAUAAUCAACAUCGCCAUUACGACGCGCGUGCGCCACACACAUCUCUUCUCCCAUUUGAGGUUCUCACUUUUCUCACUUUUAUACCGCUUUCUUUUCUCCGUAGGCUCCUCCUCUUUUUCUCUCUGCAAUCUCUCAGUGAUCUAGGAGUAGGUUUCAUAUAAAGAGAAGUUUCUGGAAAAACCGUUUGAAAAAUCUUCAUGGCAGAUGCUACUGACCCAUUUCCCGACUUGGGGAGUGUGUAUAAAAUAUCUGGUCGCCAAGUUAAUCAACUAAGUCAGAAUGUGGCAGACAUCAAGCUAGCUUCUGCACAGAAUGGUGACAAGGAGAACUCUUGGGAAUCCAAAAACAGAGUUGCUGCAAGUUCUGGGUUUCCUCAAGAUUCUACUCCUAAUGUAUGGGGACACCCAAAUGUGAUUCAGAAACUUAGGAUGCAAAGUAAUAGUGGUUCAGAAAAGGCUACUGACAAUGCCUGGCUGACUCAGAAUGAUGUUUCUUGGAAUUCCUGUGGACGUGGUAGUGCAUGGACCCAACAAGGUGAUGGAACAUGGGGAAAUAGUCGUACAAAAUCUCCAUCUUCGGAGCAUGGAAGGAACUGCCCUGCUCAAGCUGGUUUCACUUUGUCUAACAGUUCACAGCAUGGUCAAGUUAAAACGAACCACCAAGUUGGUGAUAAUUUGGAUGAUGAAAAUGGAGUUAAUGAAUAUGAUAAUGAUGAUUUUGAUGUUGUGUACGAUAGUGAUGAUCUUGAUGACUAUGUUUCUGAUUCAGAUGAAGAUGAAAAGGGCCAUGAAGCACGCAAGAAGAGCAAGUGGUUCAAUUUAUUUUUUGAAAGUUUAGAGAAACUGACUGUUGAGGAGAUUAUUUCACCAGAUCGGAAGUGGCACUGCCCUGCGUGUCAAGGUGGGCCAGGAGCCAUCAACUGGUAUCGGGGCAUGCAACCCCUAAUGACUCAUGCCAUGACUAAAACAACACGGAGAGCUAAGCUGCAUCGAGUAUUUGCGGAAGUUUUGGUUGAAGAGAUGCGUAGGAGAGGAACUUUCAUUAAACCAGGCAAUGAUGCCUUUGGCAGAUGGGAAGGGCUGAAUGAUAGAGUUGCAGAUCAUGAAAUAGUUUGGCCUCCAAUGGUUAUCAUUAUGAAUACAAGAUAUGAACAGGAUGAAAAUGGCAAGUGGACUGGAAUGGGAAAUCAAGAGCUUCUCAAUUACUUCAGCUCAUACGCUGCUGUAAAAGCGAGACACUCAUAUGGUCCACAAGGGCAUCGGGGGAUGAGUGUUUUGAUCUUUGAGAGCUCAGCAGCAGGGUAUUUAGAAGCUGCACGACUGCAUAAACAUUUUAAAGAGCAAGGGAGGGAUAGGGAUGCUUGGGAUUGUUCACAGGUUCCAUUCUGUCCUGGUGGGAAGCGCCAACUCUAUGGCUACAUUGCCAUUAAAGAAGACUUGGAUAUAUUUAACCGACACUCUCAAGGAAAGUCCAAGCUGAAAUUUGAGACGAGGUCAUACAAAGAGAUGGUCGAGAGCCAGAUAAAGAAGAUAAAUGAUGAUAGUCAGCAGCUUACCCGACUUAAAGAGAAGGUUGCUCAAGAACAGAAGCACUCACAAGUCCUUGCAGAGUCUCUAGGGCAACUGAGUGAGAAGCUCCGCCAGACAAUGGAGGAAAAUUGCAUCGUGAGGCUGAGAACUAGAUUGCAGCAUGAGCAGAACAAAGAAGAGUUUGGUGCCACAGAACAAUAUUUUAAGGAGAAAAUCAACCUUAUUUACCAAGCCAUACACACUAAAGAAGAGAAUUUUGAGAAGCAGCAGAAGGCAGUGAGGGAGAGAGUUAUGCGGUCAAAUGCUAAUCCAAAAAAUAAUGAAGGCGAAUGCAGUGCUACUGAGAUGGAUGAAAACACAAAGUCCAUAAUAAUCCAGGAGAAAAAGAUGGAGGAAUUUGAUAGAGAGAGGGAGAAGCUGAUGAAAAGUCAUCAAGACAGAAGGUUGGCAAUCACACAGAGGUAUUGGGAGGAGCUGAUUGAGCUUGAGAAAGGAUUCGAAAAAGAAUUGACCCUGCUCAUGGGAAAGUACACCCCAGAUUGCGUUGAGGAAGAGGCCACAAACAGCCUUAAAGAGGAUAAAACAAGAGAGGAACCGGAUAUGAAAACAGAAUAGACCAGCAAUGAUACAAUUCAAGGAGAGAAAGAAGCUAACAUGAAAUCUUUUGCUUCCAAGGUAAAUAUACACCAGUUUUGUUACUUAAGAUACUUAAGUAUUGUACACAGCGAAAAAGGCGGAGAAAGGAAGAGGAGGCGGCGUUCCAGGUUGGGAUGAACACUGGAAUAGUAAAACUUCAUGUGCUUUUUUACAUUUCUAAGGAUUCUUUUCUGUUUCAGCUUUUUGGCAAUGACAAACUUGACUCAAAUCUGCUUUCAUCUGUUGAUAUAUGCUUGCAUGUAUGUUUGAUGACUUUGAAGUCUUCCUUUCCCAACUUUUGCUCCCUUAAUGCAAAGUAAACCCGGAAACUCC